GCUGUCAGAGUCUGCGGUUUUCGGAUACACCCAGAGCUUAUGUCUGCCCAGAUUAUGCGCCCGGCGUAGCCCUAACUACAGACUACAUGGAGCAGCAGGCACUUCCAUGGAGCCCUUCCACCUCAACCUUCACCAGGUCAACUUCCACUCCUCGGAUCUAGCCCCGCCCACUGAAAACGACCUUGACUCCUUUGGCACCAUCGUCAACUGCGAAUACCACUUCUCUGGUGCAGAGGACAAAACCAGUCACAUAAGUCACCACACCGGAUCCUUGUCACCGUCUGCCACUGGUGUGCAGAGCCUGUACCUUUGGUGGUUUGUCAUGUUUGUCAGUGCAGAGCCUGUACCUUUGGUGCGUCACACCCUUUACAUCGUCUGUCUGACUGUCUGGUCAUCGCACUCUAACACUCUCAUGCCUCGGAGCGCCAUCUCUCAUUGGCCUGACUCUGUCACUUCUGACCUUGACCUUCAGAUCAAGAAGCUGUUGCUUGACCUUUACUCUGAGAAAGAGGUGACCUUGGCCUCUGCUCCUUUCACAGGGAAUCCUGGGAAACUGGGUGUUUUAGAUUCCUUUCCUGGAACAACUCCUAGCCGAAAACCAAAAGGGAAGAGAGGUGUGACUCACGUCACCAAAGCUAUCACCUCUCCAGUUACAUGUGCUACAGUAGCGCCGUCUGGUGGUGCAAAGGCAAAGACAGGCCAACCAGGGGAAGUAACAACUUCAUCUCACUCUGUCAACAGUGCGGUGGAGAUUGGCUAUUUAAAACAGAUUGCUGCUAACUCAGCCUCCCUGAAGUCUUACCUGACACAUUACAACAUGCCUGUGGAGGAGGUGACCCCUCAGAGCCCAGGGACCCCGGUCAGGACUCCAGAUGGGAUGGGUACAGACAGGAGUCACAAUGCAUCGCCCUUUGAAACAGUGGCCGAGGCACUACACCUGCAGUGGUCUGUAAUAGGUGACAAGAACAUUCAGCCAGCUUCUGCGGAGGAGAUUGCUCAGGUGAUCGCAGAUGCUGAGCGGCGCUUAAGACAAGGGCAGGCCCCUCGGCUGGACACCCCACAAGGCGGUGCUGUAGGAUCCCCCACAGGACAGUCUGACAAUGGAAAGAUGACUUCCAUGACAACAAAUUCGACAAUGGAAUCUUCCAUGACGGCCAGUGAGACAUCUUCUCUCUCCCAAGAUUUGAGCAUUUCCGAGACAACAGAAACACAGGACAUUACCCAGAGUCCCAUGCGGUCGACUAAAGAUGGACCCACAUCAGAGUCAGAGAAAUCACAGGCCAAAGAGCUGAUUCGUAUAUCCGCUGAAAGUAUCACGAGGACAAAGGAGAGGUCUUCCUGGUUCUCAGGGUCCUCAUCGAAACAUUUGGCACUUUCCACACCCCCAGUGACAAAAGAGCACCACAAGCAGAAAACAUCGUCCCAUGAUGAUGACAAGGAACUAUCUGUUGUUAGAGAGACAGAUACUUUGUCUAUAAACUCUAAAAAGUCUGAAGACCAGGGUAGUGUGUCGGAUACUGCCAGUGAUAUUGCGUCUUCAGAUAAACUUGAUGCGGAGGUGUUUUUGAAGUCACUGCCACCCCUCCAGCCUUUGGAUUUGAGCGAGUUUACAACAACACCAGGAUCUCGUUACAGAAGUCAUUCUCCGCCAGUUAGAGACACAUCGUCUUUUUCAGCAACCAACACAACAAACACAGCUGCCUCAUCCAAGGACAGCCUUCCUAAAACCGUUACGCAAAGCCCCAUGGAUGUUUUGGAAAGUCUCCUUGGGCAAAACUACAGGAUGCCGUUCUCAAGAGGCGAGUCUGUUCCAGCUCUAGGACCUCUGUUUCAAAAAUCUGUACGAGAAUCAAGGCAGAAGUCUCCUGGACGUCAGUAUUUUAAUACGAUACCUCGCAUAAAUCUGUGCUGUGAUUUGUUUUCUCAGGUGAGUAGCUCCAGCGUUGGGAGCGUGUCCGGUCCUACGUCAGAGGAGCUGGAACAUGUCCUCCGUGAGAAAGCCAAGCUAGAGGGCCAGCUGGAAAUGCUGAGCCAGGAGGCAGAGACCGUCAUGCAAGAACGUGCAGAACUCCAGGCUCUGGUAGCCUCACUAAAACUCAAGCUGAAAUCUCAGGGCGACAGAACGACAUUUGCAGAGAAGGAAGGCUUGCUGAGUGAAGUGAACAGUCUGAGGCAAAGCAGAGCAAUGCUUGAAGAGGCACUACGAGAAACCCAGAAGCUUCUGGAUGAAAAGAAUGAAGAGGCAAGAGCCAUUCAGGAAGAGCUGCAGGCAACCCAAGAAACCACAGACAAACUGCAUAGUAAGAUGAAGGAAAUUCGAGAUGAGCUUAAGGCUAAGGAGGUUACAAUUCAGGCUCUGAAGAACAAAGUGGCCGAGCUUUAUGUGGAGGUGCAGACUGCGCUACAGGCAAAAAUGUCUGCUGAUAAUGACGCACGCUCGGCUAAAAAUGACGUUGCGACAUUAAUUAAUGCUAAGGAAUGGUAUCAGCAGCAGCUGCAACUCGCACACGAAGCACGCUCGCAAGUACAGAAGCAGCUGACAAUUCUACAAGCAAAUACUGUCUCUCACGGGAAGGUUAUCGAGAGGCUGAAAUCAGAAAAUGGGCGGAUUCGGCAGCAGUUGACGGCAGUACAGAGCCAAGCCCUGAAAGAGAAAGAAGCCUUGGCAAGGCAUCUAGAAGCCAUUGAGUCAGACAUGCUUGAUCGAGAAGCGGCUUUCCAGGAAAUUUCACGGGAAAGAUCCUUAAUGGAAAACACGCUUCACUACAAAAUGAAUUCUGUGGAAGCAGAGACUUCUAAACUGUCAGAGCUGGUGGCCACUGUCGCGGAUUUGGAGGUCCAGCUGGAAAAAGCGCAGAAUGACCUCAAACGCAGACAUGCACACAUUUCAAUUCUGGAGUCAGAACAGUCAGAACUGCUGAAACGGCUGAAUCUAUCUCAAGAGAACUUGUCAGAGAGAGAUAAAAUCAUAGAAGAUUUGGAGCAGAAACUGAUAGAGGUCGAAGGCCGUCUGAAAGCAUUCCAGCAUGAUGUUAGUUUGAAAGACAGUGAAAUUUUAAAAUUGAAAGAGGAGAAGGCAACAACUGAAAUUGCUCUGCGGGCAGCAUUGGAGGAAAAGAAAACAGUAGACAAAGCUUUGGAGUCUCUGAGAGGGGACAUGGGUAAAGUGGAGAAAAGUUUCAGACAAAUGAAGCAGGACUUGAGCAGUCGUUCAAGUGAGCUCCAGCGGACUCGAGACGAGAAAAGGCAGACACAGGAGGAGAUGGAGAGACUGUCUACUCAGUUCAGGACACAGCAGCUGAGUUCUGAGUCGGCCAUCAAGGACAUUCAGGACAAAGGUCAGUUGGUGGAAGGUUUAAUGAAGGAAAAACGUGAUCUUGAGCUAACAGUGGAGAACAUGAGGGUGGAGAUGAGCAAACUUCAGUCUGUGUCUUCUUCCACAGAAAAUGACGAGGAGAAAGUGCUGCUCAGGACUGAGCUAAAUGCCGCUAAACAGGCUUUGUUUGAUGUACAACAACAACUUCAGGUGGCUCAGGAACAAAAAGCACUGUCGUCUGCAGCUCCUGAAUUCAGCUCAGGAGAAAGUGCUCCCGUUGGAAAAAUGGAUGAAAGUAUUUUGCAAGAAAACGAAGAGUUAAAACGUAAGCUUAAGGACGUUCAAAGUAAAGGUCAAAAAGAUUUUUUGAAGCAGAAGGCCCGAGCUACCAAGCUAAGCACUGACAUGACCAAGUUACAACAGGAGCUGAAGGAUCGUCAGGAGAUGUUUGAGUCUAAUGUGGGACAGCUGAGUGCAAAGUUGCGAGAGACCAUUGGGGACAAAGAACGAUUGGAAACUGAGCUUGAAAUGCUUCACAGGAAGUUUGACCUAACUAUGGUGGAACAGAAAGACCAGUUGCAAACAGAACUUCAGACAAUGGCUUCUGAGCUGGAGACUGCACAGCUCAGAAAACAGGAGCUGGAGUCAGCCCUGUUUGAACUGAAGAGAAUCAAGGACCAGGAGAUCGAGGAGUAUAAGUCACAGUUAUCUGCCCUUGAGGAGCAGCUUGUGCAAGAGAGACAGGAGAGGUCAGAGGGCACAAAGACAGAGGAGCUGAACAGAGAUCUAGCGCUGGAGCUUGAGAAGGAAAGGGGCAGAGUAGCAGGUUUGUUACAAAGCCAGAACUCACUGAAGCAGCAUGUGGGCACUCUGGAAGAAGCCCUGGCCAGGAGAGAGUCCUCCCUGGUGGAUCUACAUAACCACAUGCAGGAGAGUGUCGCCGACAGGGAAAAGGCCGAACACGAGUACAUUAGGAGGAUCCAGACGCUCGAGGGAGGCCUGCAGAAGGAGCGCGAAGCCCAUCGCGACGUCCGCAAAAAGAUCGGACAAAAAAUCACGGAGAGCAAACGUGUGCGCAGACAAUACGACUCCAUGAAAGUUGAGUAUGAACAACUGCAACAAGAUUACGAGCAGAAACAAAACGAGGUGCGUCAUCUGCAAACGGAGUACGAGAAUGUGCGACAGACGGAACUUUCACAGCGCACCUUGGUGGAGAGACUGCAGUCCGAGAAAGCGGUCAUGCAGACGGAAUGUGAGAGGCUGCAACGAGCCAUGAAAGAUUCAGAAUCCAACAACCCUGUCUUCGCCAAACAGCUUGAGACGUUGGAAUGGCAGUUAAAGCAGAAGGAUGCUGAGAUUAGCUCCCUUCAGGACCAGGUGGCGCUGUCAGAUCAGAGACACCUAGCAGAUACAGAGAACAUCAGCAAAGCUCUUUAUGCAUCACAGUCAGAAGCUGAACUUCUGAGACAAGAGUUGAUGACCUCAAAAAAAGAGAAGUAUGACCUUCAGUCCAAAAUGGCAGAACUAAGGGGUGCCCUGAAAGCAGCAAUACAGCACUAUAAGUUGAACCAAAAACUUGGCAAGUCUUUCCACCAGAAGAACGGGCCAGAAUCAGGGGAGGGGGAGCAGAGCCUAGAGGCCAGUGACCUCGGUGGAUUUGAUGUGGAGACAUAUGAGAAGUUACUGGAAGAAACGGCUGCCAAGGCCUUAAACAGCAAGCCUCUGGAUGACCUUCACUCUUGUCUCAGCUCCCUGAGAUUUCAGAUCUCUGGUCUUCAGAAGCAGGUGGAUGAUCAUACUGUGGCAGUCCACACUUCAUCACAGUCAUGGAGAAUUGUGGAAGAUCAAGUGAAGGAGUUGAGAGAUGUGAUCAGGACGGUUUGUGGUACUAAUACCAGCUCAACAACGACAACAGUAACAACACAGGCUUCUGUAGAAGACGAGGACGGUGUCGAGGAUGCAACUGAAGCAGUUAAGGGAGAUAACUCACUCUGUCACUCAGGACAGCCUGGGAUGAUUGAUGUGUAACUUCUCCCACUGUUCACGGACUACUUUUUGAUGGAUGGGUCACAGGUCAUUAGAGGCUUUAAUUUAUUUUGAACAGAGUUACAUUUCUAUGCACAUUUUAAGAUGCUGUUGGUCAUUUUUUCAACAUAUGACUUAGCUUCAUGCAUUUCGUUUCUUCAAUUUCGAUAUUGUCAGAACAUCGGUCAUUAGGCUUACAAUUCUAAAGAGGCUCUUUUAAAGAUCACAAGUAGGUGCAAUAUUUCUCCUCUUGAAGGCAAAAACCUGAUAUAAGAUUAUCACCUCUACGUACGUUCUAUAGAUUUUGCAUGUAUUCAUACUAUAUGUCUUAUUUUCCAUAAUAUUGGUACCAGAAUAUUUUUCUUGAGGGAUUGUUGAAUAUUGUAAAUACAUAUAUGUGUGUCAUAUGUAUGGGGCUGUUAGACUUGUAACUUGUUACUACGUGUAUUUAUCUGGUAUGAUUAUUACAGUAGUUUAUCAUUAGGAAUGAUAUGAAAUGUAUUUGUCAGCUACACCGUGAAAUCUACAUACUAUUCGUUUUAUUGUCUGUUUGGUUAAUUCGUUAAGGGAACUAAAGAGCGACAAAAGAAUCACCAGAGAGAGGAAAUAAAACCAACUGAAAUACCUACGUAUACUGUACCUUGAAUUUAUGAAGUUUACUUCCACGGGUAGCUAUCUUGUCAUUAACCCAAAGCAUCUAGAUCUUUUUGGUGGUCAUUUUUUUUUCAUGAGAAGAAAUUUUGUCACAGAAAAUUGAAUUAGACAGAAUUUUCUGUCUUUUUUUAUGAUUUCACUGUUUAAUAUGCCUCUUUCAUGUACAUUAGCAUGAAGAACCAGUGUAAAUGGUGUUUG